AUGUUUUUUCACAGGAUAAAGUCGCACAUGUCCUACUGCGCCUACAGCGGAGGCACUAUCUGGCUGCUGAAGAACCCCGACACAACGUCCAGCCCGCUGGAGACCUCCGGUAAAGAGGGAGCCAGCCCAGCGGACACCGGGGCCAUUUGCAUCGCCAAGAUGUACUCGCCUGUGACUGCGAAGAGCUUUGCCCUUUUAUCGCCCGAGAAAACUGUAGUCGAACUUCGUUAAGAGACAUCGAUUUGAUGACUUUAGAAAUUAUACAAGCGAGCUUAUUUCUUGCGGCCUACAAUAAACAAAAACAUUAAACAAGAAGGUUUGUCUGCCUCGUUCGUGUCUGUGCAUGGGCGGAAGGAAUGUGGGACUCGCUCUUGCAUAUCUUCUUGCAAGAAGACCAGAGCUACUUUCUGCGUUGCACCGGUUACAAUGACACUUGUUGAUAGGCUGCAGUUUUUUCGUGCGAUAACUCCCGGGAAAGUGGACCCCGCAGGACUACGUGGUGGAGAUCGCGCCCGGCGUGGAUCAGGCGCUGAUUCUAUCCUGUUCAAAACCUUCAGUCCCACGAUGUGGUGUCUGUUACUUUUCAUGUAUGUUUGCGGACAUGGUGUUAGUGUUCAAAAGAAAAAGGUUCAACAACUCCCACCACUUGCAUGUUUUUCACGCGGAAAUGGUAUGAUGACUUGUAGCAGCGAGGACGUUGGAUAAUACUAGUUAGUAGAGUACAGUCCUUUCCCAUGGUGCAUGAAGAUUAUGCUUCUGGGAGUUCUGGGAACUACGAGCACACGGGAACCAACCGUCUUUGCACAGGAUAGGAUCUGGCGUGGAUUCUGGCUUACGCUGAGAUGGAUGACGCGGACAAUCACUAAGUAAGGUCGCUGUGCUGGUGGUCGUAGUUUUUCAACAAACGCAGACAACCGAAUUCAAACAGUGAAGUAGACUCCGUGCAUAAAGCAUACUAGGGACAACCAAAACUUCCUCUUUCUCCGGUCCAAUGUAAGGUUGCGUUUCACACAUGUUGACGGAGGAGACAUUAUUAUAUUUGAUAUCUACAGGUUUUUUUACGCUGCUUCUUGAUUUGCUGUGCUGCGGGUACGUCCGCUAUUACAGCGACAAUAUUGGAAAAGAGAAUAGAAAUUCAAAUAGUUAAGAGCAGAGCUACUCACUUGAACUUACGAAGUACACUCUUUGUAAAAUCCAGAUCCGCCUGCGCUCAAUAAUUGUCUUUUAUUUUCACGAUUUCUGAACAGACACAACAGGUUUCAUCAUGACCCCUGGUUACUUCGCAACGUGAACGCAAAGCAAUUUCUAGUAUCUACCACAGUCAGAAGAAGGUAAGAACAAGAGAAUCAAGAGGCGGAAACAAGCAAUUUGAGCACCGUUUUUAGCCGAAAUUUUCAUUGCAGAAAAAAAUGUAUCAUUCUGAUAUUUUUGUUAUGGUUUUUUCGAAAAACGCGUAGUACAUCUUCGAGAGACAAUUUCGUUGAACCCAUCAACGACAUAGAGCGUGAAAGUGACAAAACGAGAGCAAAAGAAAGGACAAAGUGCGACGAAAAGUAGAGAGACGAGG